AUGGGCCUACUGUUAUGGAACGCUUUUUGCAGCCUUGCAGGCGUCUUCGUCAUCGACAAGAUCGGCACUCGUAAGGCUCUUAUCUUUGGCACAGCUGCCACCGUCGUCCUCUUUGCUAUUCUUUCCGGCCUUUCGUACCUUGCAGACCAGUACCCCGACGACCACAGAUAUGCCAUCGGUGCCAUCGCUGUUCGGUCUAAGGGAGUGGCAAUUUCUCAGGCAAUUGGCUAUGCUUUCAGCUUUCUCAAUCUCUACACGGCGCCGAUGGUUAUGGAGAAGAUUGGCUGGCGCUACUUUGCCAUUAACGGCGGGUGGAACGUUGCAAUCUUGGCUACUGCGAUAUGGUUGUUCGUUGACACAAAGGGCAGAACUCUGGAGGAAAUUGAUGAGAUCUUUGACGGUAUUGGUCAUGCCGAUGGCGUGAUCAUAGGAACGAAUAUUGCUCAGGGCUUUGAGCUAGAUACGACGGGCGAAGUAGGGGAUAUUGCUAAGGAGAAGCCUGCAAUGGCCUCUGCCAUCAUGACCUAA